AUGAGUAACGAAUUUCUUGUAGAGUCCCACCUAUCAAACAAGCAAUUGAACAAUCAGUCAGUUUCUCUAGUGAUUCCAAGAAUCACUAGAGAUAAGAUUCAUAAUUCAAUUUACUAUAAAGCCAAUUUAGAUAACUCAUCAUUAAGAGGAUUAAAUAUGUUACAACUAAUUGAAGUCAUUGUUCGAGAUCUGGGAACAUUAAAGGAUAAAAGUGUUAAUCAAGUAUGCUUCUUAGGAGGAGUCGAAUUCAAAUGCAUUCUAAUGAAACUUAUUGAAAUAUGUCCAACUUGGGAACAAUUGAUGACUAUAAUACAGAUGCAAGAUAAUGUAAUAGAUAAUUUUGAUAAUAAAUAUUUAGUGGCUCUAGUGUUGACAUAUAUUCGAAUUCAAUAUUAUUAUGAUAAUGAUGAGGUUAAUUCUAAAAAGUACAGAGAACUCUUUUCAAAAUGCAUUAGUGACUAUAGGAAACUGAAAAGUGUCGCAAUGGAUACAGAUUGUUGGUCAAUGUCCCAAUCAAUUGAAAUAAAAAUAAUACAUCUAGAUGAGCUAGUGGAUUGGCUCUGUUCAGAAGAUGAAAUAUGGGGAAUACCACUUGGUCACUGUCAAUGGUCUGACCUAAAUGCAAGUGAUGAGGAUGAUGAAAGUAGCGAUGAAUCUUUAUCGUCUAGUGAUGAUGAAUCUGAAUAA